GUAAGCAGGCAUCUUGGGAAAGCCCAUGUGGCAAAGAAAUGCAGAUGACCUCUAGGAACUGAGAGCCAGCAAAAAGCCUUGAAGCUUUCAGUCCUGCAACCUCAAGGAUGAAGGACAGUGUUGCCAACAUCCACGUGAGUGGGAAAGUGGGGUCUUCUCCAGUUGAACCUUCAGGUCUUCCCAAGCUAAGAUAAUUUUUUGGAACUGCAGAAAUUGUUGGCGAUAGCUACAAAUGGGAAUUUGGAGUUGGUCUGAAAUUCAUCUUGAAAUAAUUGUGUUUGACUGGAACCAUAUCUUGUGAAGUCACCAAGGAUGAGAGUCUAUGCUAAGUCAGUGUUACUGUCACACUGGCUCUUUCUGGCCUAUGUGUUAAUGGUGUGCUGUAAGCUGAUGUCCGCCUCGAGCCAGCACCUCCGGGGACACGCAGGUCACCACCAAAUCAAGCAAGGGACCUGUGAGGUGGUCGCUGUGCACAGGUGCUGUAAUAAGAACCGCAUAGAAGAGCGAUCGCAAACAGUCAAGUGUUCCUGCUUCCCAGGACAGGUUGCUGGCACAACUCGGGCUCAGCCUUCUUGCGUUGAAGCUUCCAUCGUGAUUCAGAAAUGGUGGUGCCACAUGAAUCCUUGCUUGGAAGGAGAGGAUUGUAAAGUGCUUCCAGAUUACUCAGGUUGGUCCUGUAGCAGUGGCAAUAAAGUCAAAACUACAAAGGUAACACGGUAGCAAAGACAGAUGUGCUUAACGUGGGAGGAGCAACAGGAUGCAGAAGUCUCCUAUUUGGAUUACCAUCCUGGUUGGUUUGUGGAAAAUCGUCUUGGAUUUCAGCAACAUCACAUUUGUAUAAGUAUGCUGUACGGAGUGUCAUUCACUUAACUGUCCCAGCCCUCUCGGCUUCAUGAUUUUAUUACAUUGAAUUAUAGCCACGGGCUGCCACACAAUUCACAUCCUAUCUGGAUCCCAAGGACCAAACCUCCAAGAAACCCUGGAGGAACAAAGCAGAGACUUCAAAGUGGA